GAGGAGAUCGCCAUCAUCCCCAGCAAGAAGCUGCGCAACAAGAUCGCAGGGUACGUCACCCACCUGAUGAAGCGCAUCCAGAGGGGACCUGUACGAGGCAUUUCCAUCAAACUACAGGAGGAAGAGAGGGAGAGGAGGGACAACUACGUCCCCGAGGUCUCUGCCCUUGACCAGGAAAUCAUCGAAGUGGACCCAGACACCAAGGAAAUGCUGAAGCUCCUGGACUUCGGCAGCCUGUCCAACCUGCAGGUGACACAGCCCACAGUGGGGAUGAACUUCAAGACGCCCCGAGGAGCGCUCUGAGUCAAGUGCUCAAUGUCGCUUUUCCAAUAAAUGUGG